UCUAUUAACUUGUUCAAAAAAGUAUCAGGAGUUGUCAAGGCAGAGAAGAGAGUGUUUGCAAAAGGGGGAAAGUAGUUUGCUGCCUCUUUAAGACUAGGACUGAGAGAAAGAAGAGGAGAGAGAAAGAAAGGGAGAGAAGUUUGAGCCCCAGGCUUAAGCCUUUCCAAAAAAUAAUAAUAACAAUCAUCGGCAGCGGCUGGAUCGGCCAGAAGAGGAGGGAAGCGCUUUUUUGAUCCUGAUUCCAGUUUGCCUCUCUCUUUUCUUCCCCCAAAUUAUUCUUCGUCUGAUUUUCCUCGCGGAGCCCUGAGCUCCCGACACCCCCGCCCGCCUCCCCUCCUCCUUUCCCCCCCGCCCGCGGGCCCCCCAAAGUCCCGGCCGGGCCGAGGGUCGGCGGCCGCCGGCGGGCCGGGCCCGCGCACAGCGCCCGCAUGUACAACAUGAUGGAGACGGAGCUGAAGCCGCCGGGCCCGCAGCAAACUUCGGGGGGCGGCGGCGGCGGCGGCGGCGGCGGCGGCAACUCCACCGCGGCGGCGGCGGGCGGCAACCAGAAGAACAGCCCGGACCGCGUCAAGCGGCCCAUGAACGCCUUCAUGGUGUGGUCCCGCGGGCAGCGGCGCAAGAUGGCCCAAGAGAACCCCAAGAUGCACAACUCGGAGAUCAGCAAGCGCCUGGGCGCCGAGUGGAAACUUUUGUCGGAGACGGAGAAGCGGCCGUUCAUCGACGAGGCCAAGCGGCUGCGAGCGCUACACAUGAAGGAGCACCCGGAUUAUAAAUACCGGCCCCGGCGGAAAACCAAGACGCUCAUGAAGAAGGAUAAGUACACGCUGCCGGGAGGGCUGCUCGCCCCGGGCGGCAACAGCAUGGCGAGCGGGGUCGGGGUGGGCGCCGGCCUCGGCGCGGGCGUGAACCAGCGCAUGGACAGCUACGCGCACAUGAACGGCUGGAGCAACGGCAGCUACAGCAUGAUGCAGGACCAGCUGGGCUACCCGCAGCACCCGGGCCUCAACGCGCACGGCGCCGCUCAGAUGCAGCCCAUGCACCGCUACGACGUGAGCGCCCUGCAGUACAACUCCAUGACCAGCUCGCAGACCUACAUGAACGGCUCGCCGACCUACAGCAUGUCCUAUUCGCAGCAGGGCACCCCUGGCAUGGCUCUUGGCUCCAUGGGCUCGGUGGUCAAGUCCGAGGCCAGCUCCAGCCCCCCCGUGGUUACCUCUUCUUCCCACUCCAGGGCGCCCUGCCAGGCCGGGGACCUCCGGGACAUGAUCAGCAUGUACCUCCCCGGCGCCGAGGUGCCGGAGCCCGCCGCCCCCAGCAGACUUCACAUGUCGCAGCACUACCAGAGCGGCCCGGUGCCCGGCACGGCCAUUAACGGCACACUGCCCCUCUCGCACAUGUGAGGUCCGGACAGUGAACUGGAGGGGGCGGGUUAGAAAUUUUCAAAGAAAAAGAGGGAAAUGGAAGGAGAGCAAGAAACACCAAGGAGAAAAACCCGGUACGCU